AUGCCGUCAACUGUUGCCGCCAAUGCGACGAGUAGCUCGCGCUUUGAGCUCCCUGCGCUGAACCUCAACUUUGGUAGUAUCACCGACGGAACCGACAUUCCACCACCCCCCGACUCCCCUGUCGAGAAAGAGAAGCCAGUCCUGCCCGAGACACCGAAAAAGAAAGCUGUUGCCGAGACCGCCGCCAAAAAUGAAGAGGAUAAGACGGUAAAGAAGCCAGAGGAAACGCCCAAGGCAGCAAAUGGUAAUUCUGCCGGAACCAAGAGACCCGCAGAUGCGCCCCCAAGCCCGUCGUCGGCAUCCUACCGCGCGGGCAGCAUCCGUCGGAUGUUUAAGGGUCACUUGGCAUCCAACGGCGGUGUUGCUCCUUCUAUCGACAGCAGCCGGCCAGCAAGCCGAAGUGGCAAUUCUAUCCUGGACGACCGAAAGUCGAAGCGCGCCAGCGGAUGGUUCAAGAGACUGAGGGGAGGAGAAUCCAAGCGAAGCAGCUUGGUGUUGUCUCAAGAAUCAACGGCGUCUACGACAACAAUCCCGACUACGAACAAGCAAUCAGGCCCACCCCCACCCAUGAUUCCUGAACUUAAAGAGUUCAACAAGGACGAGGGUAGCCUCGGCAACGACCUAUUCAAGAACAUCAAUUAA